AUGGCCACGCUGGUUCUCAAUGGCUUGGAGACCCCCCGUGCCCCCACCCACGGACUUCAAUCCACUUUAUCCCCAAAUCGAUCCAGACCACAUCCGCCGCCAACCCUAGCCACACCCCCACCACCGCCGACCGCGCCCUCCACCACACCACCGCCGCCCCCGCCGCCCCUGUCGGCCCCAACCACUGCCCGCCACUGCUGCAGACUCCGCCCUCCACACCCCACCGCUGCAGACUGCCGCCGCCGCCGACCCCACAUCACAGCGCCGCCGAGGACACGGACGACGCCACCGGCGCCGGCCAGCCACGUCGCGGAACCACUCCACCGGCGACCACCCUCCUCCACCACGAGCUUGGUCCACACCGAGCGAGCCUUCUCCCCAGUAUCGAGCGGGGCAGCUUCCUCUACGUCGUCUCCCCCAGCAGCGGGGCGUCCUCCCUCCAGCGAGCGGCUCUGUCUCCUCAACAUCCUUUCCCUAGGCAGCUGCGUCCUAUACUUCCUUUCACCAGAGUCCUCUAAUCCUCUUCAUAGCAUGCCUCCUAUUCGUCCUCUGCACCAAGCAGUGCUGUGUAGACUACGUCUGGAUAGCACCUCAUCUCCAUCCCCGCCCCCAAGCAGUGUCGCCUCACCUCUACUUCCCCGCCUGAGCAGUGACACCUACGGUAUCGGCUUCACCGCCUCCUGUACUUCUCAACCAACGUCUGAUUUACUCAGCAAGGAAGGGAUGUGCUACUGUAUAAUGUUUAUCGGGAGCAUGGUAGCCCAGUGGCAAAAGCUUCUGUGUAUGCAGUUGGAAGCAGGUUUCCCAAGGGUACACAAGUUGAUGAGUUCUGGAAGAUCUGCAAGCUGCUGGAGGUUUGGAAGACCUACAGUUAAUUUGGUCAAGUGAUAUAUGCCUCGGUUGCUGAACCCAGAGACAUUGGCAAGUUUUACUAUGCUUAUUUGGUGGUUGUUUUGGUACAUAAGCCAUUUUAUUUUCAUUUUGGUUGUGUGACACAUCUAAAAACAUAUGUACAGAACCUUUUGUGGCACAACCUCCUUGUAUAUGGUCGUUUCAUACAUGUAUCUAGAAACAUAUGUAUUUGGUCUGGCAUGUGUUAUUGAAUGAAGUUUAAGGUUGGUUGAA